AUGCUUCACAUCCUAUCACAAUCAAUGAUACCAAUGCAAGUAUUGAAUUCUCUCAAUUUGCAUACAAAAGGAAUUCGUGGUUCAAGGACGGGUGGUAAAGAUAAAACUAAAAUUUUGUUUUGCCGGUUAAACAACAGAUUAUCUGAAAAUGCAGAGUAUGAAACAAGUCGUUUAGCAUGUUUACUUAUGAAAAAUGGAAAUCCAUUAUGGGAUACACUUAAACUUUCAAAAGCUAUGAUUUUUACAAAUCGGAUAGUGAAAUCCGUUCCUCGAGUAAAAAAAUCAAAACUACCUAAAAAACGAACGAAAGUAGGCUUGCCUUCCAAUGAACUUUCAGUUUACAAAAAUUAUUCCUCGUUGGCUCAUAACGUGAAUACUGAAACUCUGCCAAAUGGUCCAAUAGCAUUUUCAAUCUCGACGAUAACUAAUUUGCUGAAUCAUCCUGAUACUGGUAAUGGCUAUCAAGAUACAGCUCAUAGCUUUCCACAAUUCAGAUCGGUCAUUCAAAAUUAUGUAGAUCAACAAGAAGCCAGUGAAGUUAGCCAACCGCAAGAAAUACCGACAAGAACAAGUCAAGCGACAGUCGAUGCUGCAAUAUCUGAAAUACUAUCUCAAUGUUUGCCGAUCUGCUGGGGUACAAACAAUACAGGUCAAUUUGAUUUCAUCAAUAAUGAAUUAUUAUCACCACAGGCUUUAGAUAAUUUUUUAUUUGACGGAUUCCAGUCUCCUUUGUGCACAGAUUUAACAUCAAAGGAACAAUCAAAAUUAAGUUUGGAAAAUAUCUUCGAUGAUGUUUUUAUGAUUAAUUAA